GGUCACCAGGUGCUGAAGUACUUGAAGGACCAUGCUCUUUCCCACACAGAUCUGUAUGCUUUUUCUAAUUGUAUUGGUCAACGUUGCAGAGUAGGGUGUUUCUGGAAAAAAUACCGGCUGUGUGUAUGGUCACCCCGGGAUCCCUGGAGACCCAGGACACAAUGGAAUGCCAGGACAUGAUGGCAGAGAUGUGGCCAAAGGUGAUAAAGGAGACGGAGGUAAUAUGGGAACAUGCGGCACAGCUGGUAAAGAUAGACCAAAAGGAUAACCUGGUUGGUGCUUUUUCAGGCGUUCCUGACAUAGCCAGUGCAAAGGGGAAGAGUGGAGACAAUGGAGAAAGGGGUUUACCUGGUAAUAUGGGGCCCCAAGGCUUCCCAGGGCUACUGGAUUUAAAAGGUCGGAAGGGAGAACUAGCUUUGCCAGGACUACAGGGCAUCAAAGGGGAUGUAGGUCCUAUAGGACCUGAAGGACCACAAGGAGACAUUGGCUAUAAGGGAGACAAGGACAUACAGGGUUCUUUGGGGCGACCAGGCCCAAAAGGUGAAAUCGGCCUCCCAGGUAUCAAAGGCAGCAUUGGUGCUCAUAGUGAGAAAGGGUCAAAGGGGGGAAUUGGGAAGCAAGGCCCAAAGGGAGACAUGCAUGAGAUACGAUGCUACGAUGAGCAAAAGCAACAAAUUUCCUGCCGCUAACACUCCAAUUCGCUUUGAUAAAUUCCUCUAGAACCAUCAGGGACAAUCCUGAGACUGGCCGCUUCACUUGUGUAUUCAGUGUAUUUUUUCACCUACCAUAUCACUGUGUACUCUCGCAAUGUAAAAGUGGUCCUGAUGAAGAAUGGUCAGUGAGUUAUCUACAUUAUGGACAGUAACCAAAGUGGUCAGGACCAGGUGGCAGGAGGAGCAAUCCUAGAAAGGGAAACUGAAGACAAAGUGUGGUUGCAAGUGGCUGAUAAAUGGCUAUUUAAUGGGUUAUAUGCAUAUGAAGAUGACAACACUGCUUUUUCUGGCUUUCCCCUCUGCUGUGUAUGGGAAUUUCACGGUGCAAAAUCAUGCUUUGAAAAAAAAAAAAUUCACUAAAUGGUGUCAUCAUAAUUUUCUGUAAAAUAUAAUUCAUUGUUUAGGCUUCUUAACAUCACUAUAACUAGGCUGAGAUUCCUGUAGCUUAAUGUCAGCAUGAAAUAGCAGCUGAGAUUGUUUUCCUCCCAUGUGGAGUGUUGUAUGGAUAAUGCAUUUUUUGUAGGCCAAAACACAAAAACUAGGUAGCAUUUUAGCACUUCAGGUUCCAUUAUCUUGUUAAUGGGAAAAAAGUUAAAAGGGAUCCUGUUAUUCUAUAGCAUAAAAUGCAUCAGUAAUAAUCAAAGACUAUAGAAUACUUCAAGCUAUGUGAAGCUUAAAGCUAUGCUAAAAAUGGUCCAAUCUCCAUAAAACUUUUCAUGCUUGUUUAGAAUCACCUGUUGCAUGUGCUGACCUAAUUACGUCAAGUUUUGAGUUUCGUUUAGGAUUUGUAAUUUUUUGGGGUAUAUUUAGUCAUGUCCCUUAUCUAAACGACACUGUUAUAGCUACCUAAAAGGGCAAAGUUCAACAUUAUUCACCUAGAGAGUACAGAGAAUUGUACUGUAGUGUUUCUUUUCUUUUUCUUUUUUCUUUUUUAAGAUUUAGUAAAAGCCCUAGGACUAGUUCUCAAAGUAGGUUUUUUACAUAUUCUCUAUUAUUUAACAAAUGAUUUGUUUGACAGCAGUAGUUCUAGGGGCAAGUCCUGUAGAGUACAACUUUCCUAAACACACCUGAUUGGAAGUUUCAAAUAUACCAAGUAAGAGCUUGAUUAGCUGGUUCAGGUGUUGUUGUUCAGGGUUGGAGCAAAACUCUGCAGGACACCUGCUCUCCAUGGAUGAAUUCGGUGACCCCUUUUGUAGAUAGACUACUACUAUCCCUCCAAGUUUCAAGCUCCACAACUGCCUGAUCAGUUUUAGCUGGAGACUGCUGAUCCUUGGCCAUUCUAAUUAUUACAACAGGUUUUCACUGUGCUUGAACCCUUAAAAAAAUUAUUUAAAUAAACUAAAAAAAGACGGAGCUUAGAGGUUGCGAGGGCGACAUAAAAUUAUAUUUUAAAAAAAUAUUUACAAUUAUAACAAUGUUACAGAUAAGCCAUUUAUAAUUAACAGUGCAAUAUUCCAUAAAACAAAAAAUAAUUGUCCAUUUAAAUUUCAUGGAGAUUUUACCUGGUAGCAAUUUCCUAGGGGAUAAAUUUGGAUGAGGAUCUGCCAAAUGUUUAAAUGUAAUUAACAGGCUCAUACUUGUAAAAUUUGAAUACACCCUUUGGCUAAAAUUUGUGCUCAUCCCACACUGUGUUAAAGAAAUUAAGCUUGCUUAAUAUAAUCUUGGAUGUACAAUGGAAGCAUAAUGGGGCCAAGUAAUAACUAGUAAACACUGAGAAAAAAAAA